GAUAAAAAGUACACAUACAGUUCAUACAAUAAUCUUAUGAAUGUAAAAGAGGGGGGAACCAUGUCGGCUUCUGGCCCCAUAAGCAACUACUAUGUUGACUCCUUGAUAAGCCACGAAAACGAAGAGCUCUUGGCCUCCAGGUUCCCCAGCACUGCCUCCCACCCGGCUGCUGCCCGACCGUCAGGAUUAGUCCCGGACUGUGCCGACUUUCCGUCCUGCAGUUUCGCCCCCAAGCCGGCCGUUUUUACCACCUCCUGGGCUCCCGUCCACUCCCAAUCCUCCGUGGGCUACCACCCCUACGCUCCCCAGGCACCCGUGGGGGCCGAGCCCAGGUACAUGCGGACUUGGCUGGAGCCCCUCGCCGGGGCCGUCUCCUUCCCGGCCUUCGCCCCCGGUGCUCGCCCCUACGGCCUGAAGCCCGACGCCUUCCCCGGGCGACGGGCGGAGUGCGGCCCCGCCGACGGCCGCGGCUACGCGGACUACAUGUACGCGGCUCCGGGGGAGCUGAGAGACAGAGCAGCGCAGACAAUUCCUUCCCCGGAGUCCGAAGCCAUCGCUUCCAGCAAACACAAAGAAGAAAAGCACGAAUUAGACCCUAACAAUCCCGUCGCAAAUUGGAUUCAUGCGCGCUCCACGAGGAAGAAAAGAUGUCCUUACACAAAGUAUCAGACCCUGGAACUGGAAAAAGAGUUUUUAUUCAAUAUGUACCUUACACGGGACCGGAGGUACGAAGUAGCCAGAGUCCUUAAUCUCACUGAACGCCAAGUCAAAAUCUGGUUUCAGAACAGGCGAAUGAAAAUGAAGAAAAUGAAUAAAGAAAAAACCGAUAAAGAACAGCAAUAAAGUUGGCAAAGUCCAGUCAAUGAGAAACGA